AGCAGAAAUUUCCGUAAGUCCAGCUAUGGCGAAGAAACGCAGGCAGGCAGGCGUGGAUUACUAAAUAAAAAGAGAAAGGCAACCCACCAUGAUCACCAAUUAUGACCAUAUAUUUAUGUACAUACAUCCAUACAUUGAUACCCUCAAAUCUCAAGAAAGAUAAACCCUUGAAUAUAUCUAGAUGAGUUUUAUGAUACUUUAACAUCCGACAAGGUAAGAAAAAGGAAAAGAAAAGAAAAGAAAGCUACUUGACCUACUGGGUGGAGAGAGAAAUCGUUGAUUUACCCAAACGAACCAACCACGGGAGGGAGUAAUUGUUUUAGCUUGAAGGUGACGGAAUCUUAUACCAUUUUCCCCCCUUUCAAGUCUUUUGCGAAAUGGGGAACAUCUCAAUCACCAACCCUCAUCACUCGUGGUUUUGCUAUUUGUACAAAUUAUUGCUUCUUCCUCUAUUUUGGACCACAUCUACACCCACACCUCUUAUUUCCCUCACUUUUUCACUACCCAUGUGACUGAAUGAGUUCUCUAUGAAUUAUGUUCUCGAUCUGCAAGACCCAAGCAUUGCCUCUUGUUUGCUCGCACCUCUUUCUUGUCGGUGUUUCUGUUCUGUUGUAGCUUGCAGUAAUGAGUUCAGGUUUUCAGCUAGAUGAUUUGGGCUCAUCACUUGGUCGGAGUUUUAAUGAGAGUUUCCAGAAGUUUAACCUUGAUUAUCUGCACCAUGAAAUUGAGUCGUCUCCUGGGCCUAGCUUGGACGAAAGUUUCAGAAAUUCAAACUCUGGUGUUUCAUCUCGUAAAGGGUCGACGAGCAUUUCUGCUGCAAGCAAAUUCUAUCCUAGUUCGAAAAGAUCAUUGAAGAUUUUAAAGGACUUCGCAAGCCAAUUCCUGGACGUCGAGUUACUUAAGGAGAAUCUCGAAGAAUGGGUUGACGAAAAUUUGCAACAAAAAGCAUCGACAGAUGGCAGCGGUCCAUUCAGUUCCCCAUUUACGAUUGAAGAACUACGCAUGCUCGAUUUUGCACUAGAAGGGAUGCCAUUUCGCCAACUUGUCCGCAUGCCUUGCUCAUCUUUUCCCUCUGACAAUCCAAAAGAAGAUGAAUACUUAGCCCUCGAAGAUUUUCUCUACACAAUAGCCGAUAGCCUGUGGCAUGCAUUUUGGUACAACAAAGGACCGUUCCAAUACUAUGUUUCUUGUCCACAUUUUCCAGGAACCAAAUUUUACACAGUGGAGAAAGCGAUUUCUAGGGGACGGCUUGACGGGAUUUCUGGUGCUGCAUUGGUACACAAAACGAGAAAUCAGCCUGACAAUUGGAAUGAAGUUGUUCAGUUUGCACUCUUUAGACAGCCAGGAUUUUCUUCAACCACAAUCUGUGAAGCUCUCUUCUAUGGCAUCCGAAUUCUUCUAACGAGAGCUUCUAGCAAAUACAAUGCGGUUUCUUGUGAUUCGGUUUUUAUUCCGGUUGUGGAUUCAGAGUUCGGUUGGGUAUUGAAACUCGGGGGAGACCUCAGCAAACUUGAUAUUGGAUCUAAUCCAUACGAGUCAGUAGCCGAUUGGAUUAAAUGUCAUGCUAAAGUCAACAUUUCCUCAGUUGACCGUAUAUGGAAUAUGCUAGGCAACCCGAACUGGGGAGAUAUUGGAACACUUCAACUGGUUUUGGCUACAUUCUACUCAUUUUCACAAUGGAAUGGACUUCCAGGCAAGUCGAUAGUCUCUCUUGCAUCGGAACACAGCCUUCGUCUCCACAAACGUAGGAUGAAACAUUACCUGAUCGGACACAGGAGCGAUCGAGAUGAGAUUCUGUCAACACAAGAAGAGCAAGAGCAACAAACGAUGCACUUGAAACUAAAAACGGGCGACACAGUACUUUUGGAAGACGAUCAACUAGAUCAGAAACGUUUCCAGAUACAGAAACGUUUGAGGAAGUGGACACGAUACACAUACAGCGCUAUCGCUUUGGAAUAUCCAAGCGAUCAUUCAAUGUUGUUUUACGUUGGUGCUCAUUCGUCUCGAUUAGAGCCAUCUUGGGAGGAUAUGAGUUUAUGGUAUCAAGUUAAAAGGCAGACAAAGGUAUUGAAUAUCUUGAACAAACAAGGGAUUUCAAGCAAAUACUUGCCGAAAAUAGUUUCCUCGGGGAGAAUACUCCAUCCGGGUCCCUGUGAGAAGGAGAGUCCUUCAGGACGUUGCGAUCACCCGUGGUGCGGGACACCUGUUCUCGUUACGUAUCCAAUCGGAGAGCCAAUUUCAUCUGUAGUUGCCCGAGACGGGAAGUUCUCUUCUUUGGAUGCGAUUUGUCUUUGUCGCGACAGCCUAACUGCUUUACGAAGCGCGAAAAUGGCUUGCAUCCAGCAUGGCGAUAUCUGUCCAGAGAACGUAAUACGAGUGACGAAUUCCAACACGAAUGGCUUUUAUUACGUCCCGAUCUCGUGGGGACGGGCAGUUUUGGACGAAAAAGAUAGCCCCGCGAUCAAUUUACAAUUCUCGUCUGCUCAUGCUCUUCAGCAUGGAAAGCUCUGUCCUUCGUCUGAUGCUGAAAGCCUCGUUUACUUGAUUUAUUUGGUGUGUGGGGGGAAUUUGGAGCGGUUGGAUUCUAUUGAAUCGGCUUUACAGUGGAGACAGAAAUGCUGGGAGAAGCGGCUGAUACAGCAGCAGUUGGGCGAGGUUUCGGCAGUUUUGAAGGCAUUCACAGAUUAUAUAGAUUCCCUAUCAGGAACCCCUUAUCCUGUAGAUUAUGAUAUUUGGCUGAAAAGAUUGAACAGAGCUGUGGAAGAUAACUCAUCAGCUGAUAGAGGAAAGCUUGUUGUUGAAGAAGAUAUUGCUGAGUCCUCUGGAGCCUCACCUAAUGGGAACUCCCUUUCUUCUUGACUCGGAACAGACUCGACCCCAAGUCCUGGACAUAGCGCCUUUUUGGGACAAAUUUUGUGUUGUUAGAUCUCGAGAUCAGUUAUGAUUUGAUAAAUAUUCGAUUUGUUGCAGGUUUUAAUCUUAUUACUUGUGUUGAUGAUUGAUUUGUAAUGAGCCAAAAUUUAAUUUGUAUCAUCUGAAAAGGUUAUUGAAUUUGAUUUUUGCUUGUAGCUUUGAUGAAAUUUUAUUAAAUAUUUAAUUUAAGCUUGA